AGGGACAGUAUUGAAAAUAUCACGUCCCAAAAGCAUAAACUUUGCGAAUGAAAAAAAAGCUAGAAAAAUAUGUUUAUGCCCAAAAACUUUCAUUUUUAGACAGAAAUUCUCUUUUUUUUUAUUGUUAUUGAGGUUUUUUUGCACGCAUUUUUGUUUUACCUUUUUUUGCAUUUAGGUACAUUAUCUAAGGUGAUAUUAUCCGUACUCUCUAUUCGUGUUACAUAUCUCGCUUGGAAAAUUCUAAUGGAUAAUGAAUAGUGGGGAUAUUUGAUUCUGUGGAGGGGAUUUGUUCAAAUUUCACAGACGUUGGUCUCCUGGCAACAUAUCUGAGAAUGUGGUAGAGAUACUUUUGUGUGUUAAAUUUUCCACAGAGACGACUCAAAAUAUAUACACUGUAUUUUGUAACAUUCCUUUUCCACCAACGUGCUGGGAAACUUCUGUUUGGGCAUGAGUGGAAAAGUGAGAGAUUUUUUCACGCACAUUAUGCGCAAGUCCCACAAAAGAUGAUGAUGACGUGUGUUGAGAGGGUGGAAAGAUAAACGUUCAGUGAAGUGAUAGUAUAUAUAUAUAUAUAUAAAUGAGAAUAUAAAAUUUCGGUUUUGCCCCUUAAAUUUUCCGAUUCUUGUCGACUCUCUCAGGAUGGAUUUUCAUGAGAAGUAGCCUCGAAAAUCAUUUAGUAGCAUAGUGUAGAUCGUGGCAUAAAGUUUUCAUACACAGACCGAAGGAAAUCGCACUGUUUUUCCUUUUCUUCUUUCCUAUAAAGCCGAACUUUAUUUUUAUUAUCAAUACAUACCACACAAAAGUUGUUUUUUGCAAAUGACACAGCUGAGUGUUGGUUUUUUUUAUUAGUGAAGAAAAAAUAAAAGAAAAGAAAACCAAAAAGUGCAGUGAAAACAUACGCCCCAUCUUUAGAUAUUUUUCUUUAUGUACAUAGGAUGAACUAGUGCAUAAACGGCAUAAACUAAAAAGAAAAUCUUUAUGAUGAACCAAGUGCAGGCGAAGAAGAACUUUUUCUAUUGACUUAUUUUCUUUUUAAAUUCUUCGCUGUCAUUUUGUGAAUAUACCACGGAAAUUAUUUACGUGUGCUCUCGUAAUAAGCUGCUGAUUGUAAUCUAAACAGCUAAAUGAGGGAAAAUCACCUUUUUACCUCUUUGAAAAUUAUUUGAUGAGAAUAUAAUUUAAUAAUAAUAUUAAUCGUCAAAUAAAAGAAAAAGUGAUAGACAUUCAGGCACGCAAGAUUUCUGAGUGUGUCGUCAGCUUUUUUUAUUGCAAUCAUAAGGAGACUCCUUAAACGCUUAUAACGGAGAAAAUUAUGGUUUUAUCAGAUCGUGGAGAGGAACGCAUUUACGAGGCAGAAAAAAAAUUGAUAUCACCAAAUUCAAAUGAAUUUAUUUAAGCUGAAGCAGCAACAUCAACACUCAUAAAAUACAGCAAGUAUCUUUGAAAAGUCUACGGAUGAAAGGAACAAAAUGUGACUGAUAUUCAGACAAAAAAGAAAAGUAAUUAAUUUCUUUUGGAGGAAGAUUACAACGGAAAAAGCUAAGGAGUGCUUCUUGCCUAUUUUAUAAAGUGCGAUUUUCGUAAAAGGGAAUAAUCUACUAUGCGCGCUGUUGCGGCAAAUGAUGUGGAAAAGGGAGUGACAAAAUGGAUACUGAUAAAAGUUCCAGUCAUUUCACAGAUUUUUUUCUUACGAGCAGUUGAGAUAAGAGAAAAAUAGUUGAAAAUUUUUCGUUUAACACUGCAAACUGGUAUAAUCUCUCAAUCAGAAAAUACAAUUGUGCUGGAAAAAAAGGCAAAAAAAUAAUAGAAAAUAUUGCAAGGGAAAGACUAUCUAAAGGCGAGCCUUUUCGACGACAUCAUCCAUGUAAUUUAUCAACUGGAUAUGGCAUGAGGUUAAACGAAGCGACAAGAAAAAAAUAGAUACACACGCAAAACCAGAUACAUAAUAUAUAUAUUAUGUGAGUUGUAUACCAAGGAUAAUAUACAAAAUCAAUUAUAUUAUUUGGUCUCUCACAUUGACUUUCUAUCCAAGAAUUUUAUACGUACUAAAAGAAGCAAAAUAUUCAGCAAUUGUCUCUCUCGUACUGGAGAAAGGGAUUUACACUAAUUGAAUUAAAAGAAAUUUGUUCGUUACAGAAAAGAUACUAAAAUUUUAUUUCCGCAAAGAAAAAAAAAAGAAAUUGGAAGAAUAGAACACCAUUCAUAGCCAUGGGGGAAUCAAUACUGAUUAAUUUAGAAUUCACAGAAAGUCAUAGAAAUAUUUGGGACAUGUUGAGUUGAUUGAAAAAUAAAUGAAGAUGAUCUAGAGAAAAAUAAAUAAUAAAAGAAAAAAAAACAUACAUUUUCAACAUGAAAACAGAGCAUUAAUUUAUAAAGAAGAUUAAAUAAAAUGGAGAAAAAAAAUCUAUGCUUGCGCGCCUAAUUCACCACAAAAGAACAAAGUGUGUCUAAAGCUCAAUACAGGGACUGAAAUAUUUAAAUCAAAAGUGUAAUUUCAAGUGAAAAUCUUUUGGCAAAUUGAAAAUUUGCAGUACAUUCCAGGAGGGACAAACAAGGGAAAGCAAGUGUGAGAGAUAGGGAGAGAGAGAGAGAGUAGAAAAAAGGAGAGAGAUCUGAUGGUUGUUCCUUGCCAAGGCAUCGUCAUAUUGGAGUGGAAUUAAGUGUGCCAAUAUCCGUCAAAUUUAAUUAAACACGAUAGAGCCGUGGUUAAGUCCUCUUGAGCAAGUCAUAGUGAUUAAUGCAUGGAAAAUAGCUCAAUUUGUGUACAUGUCGAUUCAUUCCGAAUUGCAAUUAGGGGAUACACAUCGCCAAAAGCAGUGAUAACCUUCGAACGGGAUGUUUUUGGCCUCAGACCGCAUUAUUAACUUCACAACAGCAUUAUGUAAAAUAGUUACGAGUAACUUCAAUGUGUAUUCAACGUCGCACUGCAACAUCUUGGUUGGAGAGAGAUAAAUAAAGAUCAAGUGCAAAUUAUAAAUAAAUUUUAAAUUUUAGUGUGGAUCAAGUUCAAAAGAUUAUUUCUGUAUUAAUAUUCCUCCCAUAUGAGAAGUGUUUUUCCACGAAAAAAAAAUAAAGAAAUGAGUGAAUCCAAUGCUUUAUAUGAGAUUCAUUUGGACAAAGUUAUAAAUUCUUUUUGACAUUAAAGACAUCAUUAUAUAAACAGUUCAGAAAAAAAGACGCCGAGGCCAAAAAAAUCAACAACACAGAAAUCAUCAGAAAAAAAAGAAGGAAAGAGUCAUAGUAAAAAAUAAAAGAUAUCUGCAGGAAUAGGAGACUUUAAAAAUAAAAUAUACGUGUUUAAUGUGUAUAUUUUCGAUCGUAACUAAAUCAACCUUAAAAUAUAAAUGUUACCGUCCCAUGAUAGAGUGUGUGAAAAGAAUUUAAUUCAAAUUGUGUUGAAUUUUUAAAAAAAAGUGAGACAUUUUAUCAAGAAAAUUCUAUAUAGUGGAAAAGAAAUGUUUAAUCAGUAAAGACAAAAUAUUAAUGUACGUUGAGUGAAUUUAAGAAUAAAAAAAAAAAGAAAUAUUACAAUAAUGUCAAUAUAUUGCUGUGUUUUAUCGGGUUGUGGCCGUGAAUAUAUACUUAUAAAAAUAGUAUUUUAAAUUUAUACGUACUGUUUGAUAAUUUAUGAGAGUCUAAGAAAAGGAUGACAUAUUUCCAUUGAACAAAAAAUAUAUAUAUUAUACACUGUGGAUGCUCUCGAUGAUGGCAGAAUAAAUAAUGAUUGAGGCAUGUCAGUUAGAAAAGAGCAAAGAAACACGUAAACUUGUUGGUGUCUGAUUUAUACAUUGUUAAUAUUUGUACAUGAAUACCCUAAGAAAGUGUUAUCAGUAAUUCAAGAGUUUAAAUACAAAAAAAAAUAAAUAAAUAAAAAUAAAUUUCGUACCACCGUCAACAGUGUAUCAGAAAAUUAAAUACAAAUCAUUAAAAAAAAACGGUUAUAGUCGUGACAUAAAUUUUUGUAUAAAAUAAAGUUAGAAAUUAGUGACUAUUUAGAGAAUAUUGAACGUUAGUUGUACUUUUAUAUGUGGGAAAAACCACGACUGAUGGUAUUUACCGGAGGGAAUAUAAUUUCCAUUUAAAAACAAAUCCAAAAAAAAAAAUCUUGAGUAUCACAAUAAACGGAAAGAGCAAAAAAUUACAAGAAAUUAAAAGAUGGAUUAUCAGUGUAUUGUGGUGUACACAAUAGUACGUAUUGCGCCAUUCUAUCCUCCACAAUCGAGCAAUGUUGAUGAAAAGACCAAAGAGAGUGGAUGCCUCGAUUGGCUGAAGGCUCAGAUCAAAAGAGCGGUGGCUGCGUACUUGCGGGCUCUCAAUCUUUCCGCCAGCAAUGCUGUAGUUCAUGGAAAUUUGGCGUGUGUCUACUACGAACAAGGACUAAUCGACUUAGCUAUUGACACAUACCGAAGAGCAAUUGAACUACAACCUAAUUUUCCCGAUGCAUAUUGCAAUUUGGCUAAUGCUCUCAAGGAAAAGGGCGAGGUACAUGAAGCUGAAAAUUGUUACAAUACCGCCCUUCGUUUGUGUCCCACUCAUGCGGAUUCCCUCAAUAAUUUGGCCAAUAUUAAGCGUGAACAGGGAUAUAUUGAGGAAGCUACGAGACUCUAUCUCAAAGCAUUGGAAGUCUUUCCAGAAUUUGCGGCGGCACAUUCGAAUUUGGCUUCUGUAUUGCAACAACAGGGUAAACUCAAUGAAGCCCUCAUGCACUAUAAGGAAGCAAUUCGGAUUCAGCCGACAUUUGCCGAUGCCUAUUCAAAUAUGGGUAAUACGUUGAAGGAGAUGCAGGAUGUAUCGGGUGCUCUGCAGUGCUAUACAAGAGCCAUACAGAUUAAUCCUGCCUUUGCCGAUGCCCAUAGCAAUUUGGCGAGCAUACAUAAAGAUUCUGGUAAUAUUCCAGAGGCAAUUCAGAGUUAUAGGACAGCAUUGAAGUUGAAGCCUGACUUUCCCGAUGCCUAUUGCAAUUUGGCCCAUUGUUUGCAAAUUGUUUGUGAUUGGACGGAUUAUGAUGCGCGUAUGAAGAAAUUAGUCAGCAUUGUAGCUGAGCAAUUGGAGAAGAAUCGUUUGCCAUCAGUGCAUCCGCAUCACUCCAUGCUAUAUCCACUAUCGCAUCAAUUUAGGCGCGAUAUUGCAGCUCGUCAUGCCAAUUUGUGCCUUGAAAAGAUACACGUGCUACAUAAGCCACCGUAUAAGUUUGCACGUGAAUUGCAGGGUGCCCGUAUAAGAAUCGGCUAUGUGAGCAGUGAUUUUGGUAAUCAUCCCACAUCGCAUCUUAUGCAAUCCGUUCCUGGCCUUCAUGAUCGCAAUCGGGUUGAAGUGUUCUGUUAUGCCUUGUCACCGGACGAUGGUACAACAUUCAGAAGUAAGAUUGCCCGUGAAGCUGAGCAUUUCAUUGAUUUGUCACAGAUUCCAUGCAAUGGAAAAGCAGCUGAUAGGAUUUACAGUGAUGGCAUUCACAUUCUUGUCAAUAUGAAUGGAUAUACAAAGGGUGCACGAAAUGAGAUCUUUGCUCUACGUCCGGCACCAAUUCAGGUCAUGUGGCUGGGAUAUCCGGGCACAAGUGGUGCCAGUUUUAUGGAUUACGUUAUCACAGACGCAGUUACAUCACCACUCGAUUUGGCACCACAGUACAGUGAGAAAUUGGCAUAUAUGCCCUAUACCUACUUCAUUGGGGACCAUAAGCAGAUGUUCCCACAUCUCAAGGAGCGCCUAAUUGUGAGUGACAAGACACAUGGUGGUGGAACAGCUGUAGCUGACAAUGUUGCAGUUAUAAAUGCCACAGAUCUUUCGCCAUUGGUUGAGAGUACAGAUGUCAAGGAAAUCCGCGAGGUAGUACUGGCCCAGAAACCCGUUGAGAUAUCACUAAAGAUUGCAGAAUUGCCAACAACGACACCAAUUGAGACAAUGAUUGCGUCUGGACAAGUUCAAACGUCAGUGAAUGGGGUGGUUGUACAAAAUGGCUUAGCAACAACACAGACAAAUAACAAAGCAGCCACAGGCGAAGAAGUGCCACAGAAUAUUGUCAUUACCACACGGCAGCAAUAUGGCUUACCUGAUGAUGCCAUUGUCUAUUGCAAUUUUAAUCAAUUGUACAAAAUUGAUCCUCUUACACUGCAAAUGUGGGUGCAUAUUCUCAAGCACGUGCCCAACUCAGUCCUUUGGCUCCUACGCUUUCCUGCUGUUGGGGAGCCCAAUUUGCAGGCAACAGCACAGCAGUUUGGUCUUCCACCAGGAAAGAUAAUAUUUUCCAAUGUUGCUGCGAAGGAAGAACAUGUACGACGUGGACAACUGGCUGAUGUAUGCUUAGAUACACCACUCUGCAAUGGACACACAACUUCAAUGGACGUCUUGUGGACUGGAACACCUGUGGUCACACUUCCAGGCGAAACAUUAGCAUCAAGAGUUGCUGCAUCACAAUUAGCUACAUUGGGCUGUCCGGAGUUGAUUGCACGAACACGACAGGAGUAUCAAGAUGUGGCCGUUCGCCUGGGCACAGAUCGCGAGUACCUGAAGGCGAUGCGUGCUAAGGUGUGGAAGGCGCGUGUGGAGAGUCCCUUGUUCGACUGCAAACAGUAUGCUCAGGGUCUUGAGACGCUGUUUGGGAAGAUGUGGGAGAGGCAUGCUCGUGGCGAAGUGGCAGAUCAUAUUUCCGCCAAUUCCAAGUAGAUUAUUAAGAAUUUCAGGCGGAUUUUGGAGAGUGAUAGGAUAAAGAAGGAAGAUAUUUUGAUGAAAGGAAAAUUAAAUUAAUGACGACUAGAAGAAAAUUUAAAAAAAAAACAAAUAGUCAUGUAGUAAAUGAUGACAUAUUGGAUUAGAAAUUUUCUCCUAAAAGAAAAAAAAAACAUUUUUUCCAUUCAUUUGCAAAAUUUUGAGGAUUUCCAAUGGAAGAUUUUUUUUGAGUAGUUUUUGUUUCUAAAUAUUUUCCACAUGAUUGAUAAAUACAGAAAAAAAAUUCAAAGAGCUCAGUCUAUGCAUUAUCUUUUCUUUUUUUAUUUUUAAAAGAGUAAAGGUUUUUUUUUUAAUGAAAAAAUUGCAUGCUUUUACAGCUUUAGAAAUAUUUUAGGAUUGAGAGGGCAAGAGUUUCUGCAGCAUUGUAUGAAGAGUGACUUUACAUUGUCUAUUUAGAUUUAUAUUUAUGUGUAAUUGUAAUGUAAAACUCGUGAAUUUUAUAAUAAUUUCUCUCUUUUUUUUACGUUAAACAUUUAAAAAAAAAAAAACAUUGGUAGGUACAGUAAAAUAUUACAUAUAGAGUUUUUGUUCGAGAAAAUAUACGAGAUACUGAUGAGUUUUUAGUAAUUUUUUUUUCUCAAACUGAAUUUAAUUGAAUGUGUUUUGUCGCGUAUGAAAAAAAAUAUUUGUACAUAAAUCAACUUUAUUGUCUGAGAGAUUUGUUUAAAUAAUCCUUUAUGUGCUUAAGUAUAUAUUUCAAAAUAUAUGUUACACUGAACAAAA